AUGAACUAUACGACACGGGAUAAAUCUCUGGAAGGAAAGAAAGUUCCGUGGCUCUCCGGAUUACCUCCUGAAGUCUGGACCAUGAUCGCACAGCAUAUCCACAAUCGAAGAACUCAAAUAGCUCUUCGUCACGUGUGUCGAACUUUCAACCUUUUGUUCGCCUCUCUUACAUCUGAACACUUGACUGUAACAUUCGACAAGGCAGUUGUUCCCCCCCUGUUCUAUGGAGACAUUCCUUCAGCAACUUCACAUACAAAACACCUGACAAUAUAUUUGUCUGACGAUGAACUUGGCCUUGAUGACGACCGUAGUUGGCCGCCCGACGCGACCACCGAGAUGGCAAGCUUUGUUACAAGGACCGUCGAGGCAAUACCCAGGCUCCAAUCCUUCAGCUGGUGGGACCAGUCGUAUGACGACCGAUUCGAUUUGACAUCUCUAGUUAUGCGAGACCCAAAGCUACUCGACGCGUUACACAACCAUCCUACGCUAGAAAGGAUCUGGGGUAAUAUGGCAAGUCAUUUGCUCAAACACAUAGAAGAGCAACAUAUGCCGACAAGCUGCUUCAUGCCACUAGCUGGGUUCAAAAACUUGACUUCCUUAGAGAUGUAUAACUUUCAUGGCCCAGAAGAUGAAGUUCUACCCGAUCUUGCCAGAACUCUGAGAAGUUGCAGUAAACUUAACGUACUCGGACUGGGCAUGUCCUGUGAUUCUGAUGUUGACUACAAUGAUAAGAUACUCAUCUUGUGGGGCGAACUUGGUUUUCUCGAAAGGCUCUGCCUCGAGUAUAGCAAGUUGGGCGAAGUAGAAGACAGAACAUCAUUGAUGCCCUUGCGCCUCAAGACACUCCGGCUUGGCACUUUCUUGAGCCCAUACAAGCCUAAAGCGUCACCGACUGAGGAAAAUUAUUUAUCAAAGCUUGUCGAAUUAGAAGGUCUCCAAAAACUCCACAUUUGGAACGGACGAUACAAGUAUGAGACUGUAGACGUAUACGAGCGACCCGCUGAAAUUCAUUGGCACCUCUUCGACCAAUGCCAAUCUCUGCAACAAUUGCAAAUCACACGUCUUGAGGACGAUGUCACCGAAUGGAUAAGUGAUAAAGCAGAGGCCCUCGAAGAUCUUGUCAUCACAGAGCGUUAUGUCGGUGGCUGGGAAGGUUAUCGAAAUGCGAGCCAACUCAACCUUACGAAGUUGACUGGGUUAUAUAUCUCUGAUGACACUAACUCCUAUUACGUAACUACAGUACCUUCUGAAACCGACUCUGACAGAGACUCCUGGGAGUCUGUCGAGUCAGACUAUGGGUACGACCAAUUUCAAGCUGAUUUUGGCCCCGAGGCAGAGGCUGCAUGGAUAGAAGAAAACAACAGGGUAACAGAGGAAAAUUACGCCGAGGAUGAUUCGGAAUUUUCGGAAGCGACAAUUUCUGAAUUUCACCCAGAGACGACGUCCGAAUCAGGGUCUUCUGACGUUCAAUCUGAGAAUCAUUCAGAGAUAAUUUCCGAAUCUGGCACUGAGCUCAGUGAAUCACCUGAUUUCAUAGAAAUCUCGAAACGCUCACAUUUCAGUAUACUCGACUAUCUUCCGGACAAAGGCAUUCAUCUAGAGAAACUCGGCUUAGCUAUCCAAUUCGAAACUCAAUGGAUUCAACUUUCAAAACGCCUUCUUCAAAUGCGAAACUUGGUCCAUAUCCGCAUCAUGGCAAGAUAUCUUGGACGAUUUCCCCCACCAUCUGCGUCUUACUGGCCUGGUGUCACUUACUCGAAGGAUAUCGCUCUGAGAUAUGCCCGCGAUAUGCAUUCCAUCUGUCCAUCCUUACAGUAUAUACAAAUCAAGCACUAUCUCUGGCAGGUUGUUCCUCAUGACUGGUCUUCGUGUCACAAGAAAGGUUGUGCAAUCGAACAUGACUUUGUCGAGAUAGAUGCAGAUGAAUUAGCCCAGGUAGAAUUAUUUUCGUAUGCCAUGUUCCCGGAACUAUCGGGGCUGCUUGGGCGUGACCAUCCAGAAAGAGAGCCAACAGAGACGGAUUGGAAGCCUUAUUUAGAUGAGGAUAAAUCAUUCAAAGGACCUCCCUGGGAAUUCGGUAAUUCUAACCGAGAUAACACCAACGACGAAAAUCCUUCUGAAGAAGAGUAUUCUGACGAUGCAGACUCCGGGGUUGAUACUGAACUGCAACAAAUGAUAUGCGUGGGGGAGCCUCCGAUGCAUGUGAUGCCGGAUCCCAAACAUAGCAAAGGUGGCAUGGCUGAAUUCGCCACGUAUUUAGAUGAACAGCCAGAUUUGUACCCUAAUGAUCUGUUAGGUAGACUUUACGCUCUUGAUCGAGAGUCAACGACUAGGAGGACUUGA